UCUCCUCUCUCUCUCUCUCUCUUCCAAAUCUCUCUCUCCUCCCUUUGUCUUCUUAUUUAUUAUGUUUCGCCAUUGACGAAGAACCACCCAAGAAGAGAGGGUUUCCAUCGAAGCGCGACGAUGACAAGCAUCCAACCUCUGCAGCAAAAAUCAGAUUCCAGAGACGAUGCUCGCGCCGAGUUCGAGCGAGGCUUCGAGGAGUUCAUGCGCGGUCACCUAGACGAUUGCAUCUCAUUUCACAACCAAGAAGACGAAGACGACGACGACGUCAACGAUCAGCUCGUGAGGAGGAGACGACUCGAAGGUGAAUCAUCCAGAAGGCGCCAGUCUCAGAUUCUCAGCCGCUGGGCCGCGAGGCAGGCCCAGGAGAUGAUCACCACCAUCGAGAGGAGGAACCGCGAGUCCGAGCUGAUCGCGCUCGCCGGUUUGCAGACCGUCUCCAUGCUCGAUUCGUCUUUCCUCAGAGAGUCUCAGUCCACUACUACGAGGCGUCAGGAGAGGCCGAGGCCGAGGCCGAGGCCGAGGCCUAGGACUCAAACGGCGUCGUCUGGGAUCUUGCAGAUGUGGAGGGAGCUGGAGGACGAGCACGUGAGGGCACGUGAGAGGCUGAGGCAUCAAAGGAGCGUUGAGUCGAAUAAUACUAACCUGUCUAGCUCUGUUGCUUCGGAGAAUAAUGAGAGUGAGAAUGAGUAUGGGUCUUGGUCACGUGAUAGGAAUGAGCACGUGGAUAAUAAUAAUAAUAAUGCUUCUAGUAGAGAACAGUCUCCUGAUCUUGGAGACGGUGAGAGGGAGAGGGAGAGGGUGCGGCAUAUUGUUCGUGGAUGGAUGGACAGUGGGAUUAAUGAUCAUUCAUCUAGUGUAACGCAGAGAGACAAUAACAACCGUAGAGGGGAGUGGCUAGGUGAUACUGAGCGGGAGAGAGUCAGGGUUAUAAGGGAGUGGAUGCAAGUGACGAGUCAGCAGAGAGGAGGAGGGGGGCGUACAAGUACAACGCCGAGAGAAGAUCAGGGGUCUCUUCUUGUCCCUGAAGCUGACAGGGUGCGUGUAGGGUUAGGUGCUAAUAAUGAGGAAGGGCAACAACCUCAGCAAGUUCGUAGAGACUUGCGGAGACUAAGAGGAAGGCAGGCGUUGCUUGAUUUGCUCACGAGAGCUGAGAGAGAGAGGCAGCGGGAACUUCAGGGCUUGUUGGAGCAUCGUGCAGUGUCUGAUUUUGCUCACCGUAACCGGAUUCAGUCGCUUCUCAGAGGAAGAUUCUUAAGGAACGAGAGGCCUGCAGAUCAAGAGAGAACUCCAUCAACGGCUUCUAGGGAACUUCUUCAGCUAAGAGAAAGACAGACCGUCUCUGGUUUGAGGGAAGGGUUCCAUAGUGGGAGGGAAAGUAUUGUCCAUGAAAAUAGUAGCGACACUGAUAACAAUAGCACAACUGCUGUAACAAUUGCUGUCACCGCUCGGCAUAUAACCGAUGAUAGUUCAAGAACUUCUUCUAGACAAGGGAAUAACAGUCCCCUCUUGCAUGAUGACUCGGUUAGGUCGGAAAGCAACCUAGCAAAUGAAGAUAGAGAUUGGGAAGAGGAUACCAAUCAAAGAAGGGUUUGGCAGGAAGAUGUCACAGCAGACGAGAGGCUAAAUCUGCAGCAAACAACGUUGACCCAAUCUAGUGAUUGGGGAAAUGGUAACGCAGAUAUAAACCAUGAUGAGACUUCCGUCAGUGACCUACACCGAGAAGCCUCUGGAAUUACAGAUGAUGAAGGUCACACACAAGAAGGUCAUGGUGUUUGGCAUGAGGAUGUCCCUAGACAAUCGAAUGGGAACUGGACUGAGACACGGUCAGAAGCCCCAAGGACUCGCCGUGUAGUACCAUUGAGAAGAUUAAGUAGGUUUCAUCCACCUGAGGAUGACAAUGUUUACAGCAUGGAACUCAGGGAGCUCCUAGGCAGGAGAAGUGUUUCUAAUCUACUACAUAGUGGGUUCCGUGAAAGUCUGGAUCAACUGAUACAAUCAUAUGCUGAAAGGAGAGUUCACACUCAUGAUGACUGGGAUCUGCACGAUAACCUGCAAACAGCAAUCCCAGAUUCUCCAGAGCGUGAUAGAGACCACCAAGUAUUUGUACAGAACGAUAAUCAGCUUAAUGACAUCAAUGGUCCACAAAUGCUUCCCACCCCACCCGUGCCACCACCCCAGCCAAUAUGGCACCACUCUAGCUGGUCUCGCCACUCUAUGCAUCGGUCUGAAAUGGAAUGGGAGGUAAUGAACGACCUAAGAGGAGACGUAGCAAGACUGCAGCAAGGAAUGAGCCAGAUGCAGAGGAUGCUCGAAGCCUGCAUGGAUAUGCAAUUAGAGCUGCAGCGUUCGGUUAGACAAGAAGUCUCUGCAGCCUUAAACCGAUCUGCAGGUGACCAAGCAGGUAUGAGCGCGGAAACAUCAGAAGAUGGAUCAAGAUGGAUCCAUGCAAGGAAAGGGACUUGUUGCGUCUGCUGUGACAACCACAUUGAUGCUCUCUUGUAUAGAUGUGGGCACAUGUGUACUUGCUCACAAUGUGCGAACGAGCUUGUAAGAAACGGAGGGAAAUGUCCGCUUUGUAGAGCACCAAUCAUGGAGGUAAUCAGAGCCUACUCCAUUUUAUAAUUGGAAGGGGAGAAGAAGGUACAUAGAAGGCAUGAAGCAGCAUAAAGGAAAGUCUGAGUGAGAAACAUGUUCGAUUUUGAGGUUUAAGAUUUAUAUGUAUGUAGUUGUAGUUCCUUUCUCAAAUCCAAAUUUGAUGUGUACAGUUCAUAAUUAAACAAAAUUAAAUUA